AUGCCAAAAGACGAAACUGAGGAAGAAGAUCUUUUCCGUACCAUGAAAGUCAAAAAAAUUGAGAAAAAACAGAAAACUCCAGAGCCACCAGCACCACCAGUUAAAAAGCAACAUGUCCCAUUUUAUAAAUGUUCAUACUGUAAUUACAAAACCGACGAUCAGAAAAGGUUGAAAAGGCAUACGGUAGGUCCGGAAUAUUUUUCCCUGGUGGUCCCUGGGUCCCUGGGUCCAUGGGUCCCUGGGUCCCUGGGUCCAUGGGUCCCUGGGUCCCUGGGUCCCUGGGUCCCUGGGUCCCUGGGUCCCUGGGUCCCUGGGUCCCUGGGUCCCUGGGUCCCUGGGUCCCUGGGUCCCUGGGUCCCUGGGUCCCUGGGUCCCUGGGUCCCUGGGUCCCUGGGUCCCUGGGUCCCUGGGUCCCUGGGUCCCUGGGUCCCUGUGGUCAUGUUUUUUGCUCAGAUUGCUCAUCAAAAACCGGGGCAGAUAAUGCCAGAAUGUGAUGUUUGCCAUGCUCGAUUUAGCCAUAAGUUUGGCCUAAAACGUCAUCAGAUGAGCAAUUGCAAGUUUGAGAGUUUCGGAUGCUUCAGUUCGUCUUCAGAAGCUCCAGCAAGCCCUAUGGAGAUUCCAGAAAUAUCUGCUUCUCCAGAGCCCCCGAUGGAUUUUGAGAUCGAGGCUUUCGAAGAUUCUGAAAAAUCUGAAAAUACUGAUAAAUGUCCAGAAGUGGAAUUCAAAAGCUUUGAAAUAUCAGAAAAUUUAAGGAUGAGCAAUCAAGAAGUCUGGAAAUUCUGA